AAUGUGUCAGUCUGAACUUGCAAGAAGUUGCAUGAUGUGCUCCAUGAAAUGGCCACUCCUCUUAUUGAGGAGAGGGCUCACGCUGCUAUUGAUCAAAAAUACAGGUUUUCCCCACAGGACAACCUACAGGGCGUUAUCUUAUCGUACCUGGAAGAAAAGGUAAGAACGUAGCAGUGUGUAUCAUUCUGAACUUGCAAGGAGUUGCAAGCUGUGCUCCGUGAAACCAUGGCCACUCGUCUGUUUGAGGAGAGGGCUCACGCUGCUAUUUAUAGAAAAUACAGGUUUUCCCCGCAGGAGAACCUACAGGGCGUGAUCUUCUCGUACCUGGAAGAAAAGAGAGUGAGCCCUGGGCAGCUGGCAGUCGAUGUAGGUUGUGGCUCGGGCCAAAGCACUCGGAUGCUGGCAAAACAUUUUGAGAAGGUGUUCGGGACAGACAUCAGUGAAGCUCAGAUCGAGGAGGCCAGGAGAGCUCCACAACCACCCAAUGUCUCUUAUCUGGUGUGCCCUGCCGAAGACCUCCCUUUCGAAGAUGGCUCUGUGGACCUGGUCACGGCGUUUGCGGCCGUCCACUGGUUUGACGGGCCUCGCUUUCUGAGGGAAGUGGACCGAGUUCUCAAGCCGUCAGGCUGUGUGGUCUUCAGCUCCUACAACUGGGACAUGCAGUUGUGUUACAAAGAUUGUACAGACAAGUUAACAGAGAUCUUCAGAGAGGUGGUAGACCAGCUUUUCACCUUUAGAAAUAAAAAGCUCAAAUCACUUCAGAAUGAUUACCAAGAAAUCUUUGAUUCUUUGCCAUUUCAGGAGAAGAAGAGGAUGACAGAUAUUUUCGAUAAAAUUCCCCUGAGUGUUGCUGAUGUAAUAGGAUAUAUCCAGUCACUCUCGCAGCACCGACUUUAUCUGGAAGCCCAGCCUGAGGAGGCGAAAUCACUUCUCCAAAACACAGAGCGAAGGUUUCUGGAGACGAUGGGCGUUUCUUCUCGGGAUACCCAGCUGGAGUUGCUCACGAAGCACAUUUGCAUCUUGGGCUGCAAGAGCUCCUGAGAGGAAUGUCUGUCUAAAUGCACAGGGCAGGGCGCAUGUGUAGGUCACUGGGUGGCUUCCUCUGAAAUUGGUGGUCGGUGUCAUAUUUUACCUGCUCCUCUCAUGUAGAAUCAUGUGCAUUAAAUUUAUCGUGUUAACGAUCUUUUCAUUUGGUAUCAUAAUAAAACAGAACUGAGUUGAAUAGUGAA